AUUUCCCACGCCACGAUAAAAUCUCCUUUGUUUUCUUCUUCAUUAAGAAUAUCCAAUCUCAAAAGUCUUGGAUAAAAGGGUUCCUUUUUUCUGCUUUCUUAGUUAAUCACUUCGAUCUUCACAUCACCGGCGACAUGCCUUCUCGCUGCGAAAUUUGUUGUGAACUACUCAUCGCGGUUUUGCUCCCUCCUUUGGGGGUUUGCUUAAGGCAUGGUUGUUGCAGCGUUGAGUUCUGCAUUUGUCUGCUGUUAACUAUUCUGGGAUAUGUUCCUGGGAUAAUCUAUGCUCUGUAUGCCAUUGUUUUUGUGGAUCGCGAUGAGUACUUUGAUGAGUACAGGCGUCCACUUUAUUAUUCCAGUGCCUAGUCUUCUUUUGUUAUCUCUCCCUCCUUUGCUGUAAUAUGAAUAUGAUGAUUAUGUUGAAACUCUUUCCCAUUGUGUUUAAUUUGACUCGAUAUUGAUGUGUUGCGCACUCUUUAAUUGAUCUUGAUGUUAUGCUAUUAUAAUGGUUUUUUGGUCUUGGUAGUUCUUGAUUACUUCAUUUUAACUUAAUGCAAAUUCACUUUUGGUGGUAUUGCACUAACCAUAUAUCUAAUGCUGUAUGAAGAAACAUGAUGAGGUAGUUGAUCUGCUGCAUACCCUUUAAUAGAAGUACUAGCUACUACUUGGCAUUGUUGUUAGGAUCAGGAUACAGGAGAGGUUAGGUCUCAUACUCAAUCCCUGUCUGAAAGUAGUUAUUGUUCUGAUUUGGUUCUAGGUUUAUUAGUUAGAAGUGGAGUACUUUGUAUUUUGUCAUAAGCUACAAUUAAAAACAUUAGAUUGUUUUUCCUUGGAUUUGAUUCGAUGUCUUAACUCUUAAAGACGUGGUAUUGGUGUGUAGUUUUUAUUUUGAAAUAAACAUCUAUGGAUGGAGAGCAAUUGGCUGGGAACUUGGCUGAACUUGGAAACUGGAAGUUGUCAAUCUGCUUCUUCCCAGAAAACCUUUGAGCUUUAGUUCAGUGUAUUUAGUAUUCCCUGUGUUAUCACAACUUCCAAUUGGAAUUAAUGUCUAAACUACAUAAAGUAUCAAUCUUUUGGAUCCUCUGUGACCAGAAUUGAUGCAGAUAUGUGAGAAAACUAGGCUCAAGUAGAUAUCUAAUCCAAGAAUGCAAGAUUCCUAUUCAUUGUUGUUCUUGCUCCCACAAUUUGAGUUCACAUAUAUGAUAGCAGUUUAGUUUAAUGUGAAGUUUUAACAAUCUACUGGCCUCUUCUGAAUGACCAUUCACAUUAUAAUUUCCAUCUUUGUAGUUGUAGUUUUUACUCUUCUACUCUUCUUACUGGUUGAGUUAGCUACAGUCUGUGCCUUUGUCUAUGCCUUAACACAAAAACUUGUCUGCUUAUUUUAAUGGCCUCUCGGCACUUUGUCAAGUUUGUCAAAUGCAGUUGUGUCUAACGAAUUGCACACAGUUGCUCUUCAUAUUUGUUUCAGUAGCUUGUGUGCAUUGUCUCGAAUCUGUAUAAUGUAACAAUAACUCUCGUAAUUGCUGUUAGACAUAUGCCGAAGGUGAACAAAGGUGUAAGUUGGGGAAAGUAGGAAGUGACUCAAUAUUGGUAUGAAUUACGAGAAAUGAGUCAUUAUUGGUAUGAAUUAUGACUGAACAAAGUAUAGUCAUAUAUGAUGAAUGUUAUAUGUGAUAGCCGGUUGGGCCUCCAGCAAUCCAAUAUUCGUUGGUUAUGGGGGAAGGAAAGUAGUUUAACCAAUAUAUUGGUGAGGCAUGUCAAAAGAGAAACUUUAAUCAAAUGACUAAAAUUUGCACUCCUCUCUCUCAUCUACUCCAAGAAGAACAAUACCCCUUUGG